AUGGACGGCGUGAUCAUCGGUCAUCUCACCGGGAUGGUGGAGGCCAUGACUCACAAGGCUGCAGCCCUUGAGGAACGCCUCAUAGCUCUGGAGGAGAGGUUGCCUCCUCCUCCACUUCCAUGGUCGCCACCCACGCCGAUGUGGCCGCCGACGGCGCCCCUGGCACCGGUCGCGUGGCCGCUCUCGACACCCGUAUGGUCGCUGCCCGUCUGGUCACCGCCGCCACCGCCCGUGUGCCCGCCACCAUCCACACCCGGGUGGCCGCCGACGGUGGCCCUUGCUCCGGGUGAGUGCCUGCCGCCUUCCCCCAUCGCGGCGACUUCGCAUGAGUUGCCGGCCACACCGCCGUCGUCUCCUUGUGGCGGCCCGAUCCAGCCACUUCUCGAAGGGGGGAGCAAGCCGUCGAUACAGAUCGGGCAUGUAGCAGCUUCCGCGGCUGAAUCCACUGCGUCCAAGCCGGAGGACGCCGCACAGAUCGGGGCUGGUGGGGAAGACCUCAGCCUCCAGCUCCCACAUCUCCUGGGCGGCAGCACGACCCCCCUCCAUGACGGCGUUGGCCUGAUAUUCCUUCUCCUCGGGGGCAGGGGCAGCGAGCCAGAAGUGGGAGAGAAGGGCUACGGAGCCAUAACGCCCUGGUGCCCAACGUUUGGACUCGAGCACUGCUCACGUGAUUGCUGUGGUGGGUGCAGCUCCUGA